GGCUCGCUCGGCGCGGCUCUGCACGAGGAGACCAACGGCUGGCCGGAGGCGGCGACGGCCGGCGCCCACUUCGACACACCGUCUGACUGCGUGCUGAGCGCGGCGGCGCAGCUGGUGCGCUCCGAACAGCAAAUCUCUCGCCACAGCAGCGACUCGGGCAACAGCAGCGGCACCAGGGAGGCACCGCUGAUGAGCGUCACGUUGUGUGGCACUUGCGACGACACCUCCGUCUCGGCCACGUUCCAAUGCGUUGAGUGCAACGACUACCUGUGCUACACGUGCGCCUGCGCUCACCGACGCAUGCGCGUCACGCGCUCGCACACGGUACUCUCCGCGGGCGGACGCCACACGAGCCGCUGUUCGCUGCACCAGGCCGUCUACACCAUGGUCUGCAGCACGUGCGAGCUGCCACUCUGCUACGCGUGCGCCAUGGACCACGCCGAGCACAGCCUCGACACGCUGGACGGCGCGGCCACCAUGGCGCAGCAGCGCACUCGCACCACCCAGCAGGAGGCGCAGGCGUUCCUGGCGGCGCUGGCGGAGGCGCGCCACCGUGCUGUCUCCACAGCCGAGCUGGUGCGCGAGCGGGCGGCGCGCGCCCAGCUGGACGCGGCGGCGGCUGGCGACAAGCUGCGUGUCGCUCUGGCGGCCUGGCAGCAGCGGCUCAAGAAGAAGGCGGCUGCCGUGUGCCAGCUGAAGGUGGCGCGCCUGCACCAGCAGUCUGAGCAGCUGGACCAGCUGCGCGGCCGCGUGCUGGUGCUGCUCGAGCAGCUGACGGCGGCCGGCGGCGGCGAGGGAGACGCCGAGCAGAUCGUGCGUGGCCUCACUGCCGACCACCAGCUGCACCUGAUGAUGACGCAGGCGCAGCUGACGCCGGCCGAAGACGCGGCGACGGCCGGCUGCGGCGCCCAAAGUCUGCUGCUGGAGAGCGCCGCCAUACCGGUCGUCGGCCGGCCCUACCAGCUGGUCGUGCAGGUGCGCGACCACUACGGCGACGAGCGGCGCGCCGGCGACGACCGCGUCCAGGCGCGCGUCGUCACGCCCGACCGCCGUCUGCUCAGCUGUGACGUACAGCACCUGGCUGCCGGCCGCUACCGCGCCGCCUUCGUGGCGCGCGCCGCCGGCGAGCACACGUUCAGCGUGACGGUGAACGGCGAGCACCUGGCGCACAGCCCGUGGACGCGGCGCGCCAUCUCGCCGCGCCGUCUCUCGUCGCUGGGGCCGGUGCGGCUGACGGUGGGUUCGGAGGGCACCGACCCCGGCCAGCUGUGCCGGCCCUGGGGCGUGGCGUUCGGCGCCGACGGACGUCUGGUCGUCUCCGACCGCAGCAACCACCGCGUGCAGGUGUUCGCCGCCGACGGCCGCCUCCUGCUGGCGUUCGGCGGCCCCGGCUCGAAGAACGGCGAGCUCAACCGGCCGGCUGGCGUCGCCGUCGACUCGGCCGACCGCAUCAUCGUCGCUGACAAGGACAACCACCGCGUGUGCGUGUUCACUGCCGGCGGCGAGUUUGUGCUCAAGUUUGGCGACAAGGGCAACCGUCUGGGCAUGUUCAACUACCCGUGGGACGUGGCGUGCAACGCGCUAGACCAGAUCGCCGUCACCGACACGCGCAAUCACCGCGUGCAGCUCUUCUCGCCGGAGGGCCUGCUUCUGAAGAAGUUCGCGCAGGACGGCGCCGACUGGAAGGAGCUGGACUCGCCGCGCGGCCUCACCUUCCACCCGGACGGCAAGCUCUACAUCACCGACUUCAACAACCACCGCAUCGUGGCGCUGGACCCGGAGACGGGCAAGAUGACCUACCUCUGCCGCGAGGGCACUGAGCCCGGCCGCCUUCUGCGACCCCAGGGCAUCGCCGCCGACGACGAGGGCCGGCUGUACGUGGCUGACUGCCGCAACUCACGCGUGCAAGUGCUGACGCCGGCCGGCGAGUGCCUGAUGAAGCUGGGCGAGUACGGCAGCCGGCCGGGCCAGUUCGACCAGCCCCAGGGCGUGGCCGUCGGCCCGAGCGGACAGCUGGCAGUCGUCUGCCUGGAGAAUCACCGCGUCCAGCUGUUCUGAGCGGUGGCCACGAGCGCGGCGGCGCCGCCCGGACGGAGCGGUCGCCGCCGCGCCAUUUUCCUACGGCUGAUGCCGAGUGCAUUCGAACGUAUGUACCUCCAUUUGUACGGGUAACAAGUUGGGUGGUUUGGUUUGACGGGAGGGACCGCGUGGGGGGCGCCGCGCCGCCCUCGCCGGUACAACGACGUCUCAGGAAACAAGACAGGGUCGAAGUCCGCGCGCGUCGCGUGCGUGACGUGGGAGUGUGUGUGUAUAUAGACGGCCGGCUUUCCGCCGGUCGCUGGCGGGCCGCCGGCCGUGACGGCGGGCCGGCGCCGCUCUGUACAAAGCGCGGUCCGAGACCGGCUGUGGUCCGGGCCGGAAAGGACGGGUGCGGCAUGUUCGCCGUGGGCGGUCGUCUGCCGGCCGCGUGGCCCGCCGAGCCGCCACCGGGCCAAGGGUCGACGAUACGGGUACCUUGGUUUACAAGUAAACAGGACGAGUACCUGGCGCCGGUCGCCGCGCUCGCGGCCGGCGUCUCUGAGACGUCGGCGCCGCCUCCAGCCGCGCAAGCAGUUCCUGCGUCCGGGAGCGUGCGCCGCGCGCCGCCCGGUCGGACCGUCUGACGGGCUGGGGCGCCGCCGGGGGCACCGCUGCCCCCGCCGCCGUGAGACGGGCCCCAGCGGAGCGGUCCGCGCCGCGCGCCGCCACUGGCGCUGACGGGUGACGGCCCGGGCGUCUUCGCCCGUCUGGCACCGCGCCAGCGACGUAAACGCGUUCUUCUGGUUUUCUCGGUGUGUAGCGCGGGCUGUAUUUGAUUGAUCGCUCUGGAGAAGCCGUGGUCCGUGAGGCUAUCGCUCGUCUUCGGGGGCAGGGGGCGGGGGGCGCACCAGCACUAGCGGCUCGUCCCGGGCUGAGAGCGGGUCGGGGCCUCGCCCGGGCGUGCCGUGUGAGAGCGGGCCGCCCGGGCGCCCGCGGGCCGUGCCUCCUGCGGCUGUGCGCAGCGAAGCCGGCGGGGCCGGGUCGGCGGCCGGCCUCGGUCGGCCUCUGACGCCGUCCCCGCCGGCGCUGGUAGGGUGCAAGCGUCUGCGUUGGUGAACGACUACGGGUUCCUGUGGACGCUUGGUGAGCGCGCGGCGGAGGAACGCCACGGAAGGGCGGGCGUAGAGAGCGUGGUCCCAGUGCAGUGGCGUCGGACGCGCUUGUCGCCGUUAUUUAGGGGAGGUGCGGAAAUCUGGUUUCCUGAUCACGGGUCCGUGUGGAAGAUUUAGUUUUAUGGAUGCCAGCGGUUUUACGGGCUAAUAAUCUCGGUAGCGAAUCGUGUGCACGCGCGCGAGCUGGCGGUGUGGGCGCUGCCGAGGCUUGUGACGACCUCAGGGGCUGUGUGGCGGCACCGCAGGCGCGCACCGGCUGGACCUCAGGUCUGCCUCCGUACUCAGGGCCGGGUAUAACCUCAGUUCGCCUCUCAGGCCGUGGCCGCGCACCGGGACCGCAGGUCGCCUGCGCCGGCCGCUCCGUGUUUUCGUGUCAUGGCAUGACCUCGGUCGCCUCUCAGGGUGUGGUGUUUACACGCACGUUCACGAACUCAGGGAUGAGAAGCCAUCGGUCGCCGACAGUAGACAUGUAGAAGGAUCCAAUCCUUACCAAUAGGCACAGCGCCACCUGCCAACCGGACGGUAAGCCGCAGCUUCGUAUGCCGCCGGGGCGAGGCCCUGCAGGCGGGAGCUCCGCGCUCGCUCGAUAUGAUUGUAUAGCUGUCCUUGUUUCAUUUCUGUCUUCUCACUGCUUCUGCGGGCUCACGGGGUUGUGUGCGGCCUUUUGCCCGUCUCCGGGCCGGUCCGGUUUUUAGACGCUUUUCAGAUGAAAACCUCGUCUGUUGGACGUCUUAUUACACCUCACGGGGAACUCGAUCAAGAUGCUAAGGUGAAACAUGUGCUAUAUGCAGAUAGGUUUAAACAGUGGAAAAUGACUUCGAUUCCGUCGACGUUCCCGCUGUGUUUAUAGAUGUUGUUAUCUUUCCCUUUAACCUCUCAGCUUGUGCGUGCGAGAUUACCAAUAAAGCUUCUUCUUCUCUUUGCA